GGAUCGAGUAAGGAAACACGCUUAUCGCAAGAGUUGAGCAAAGAUGAGCGCUUGUCUGCUUGCACUGACUGUGCUGCUGACAAACUUAUGGACCAUUCAUUCAGCGCGUUUUCGUGUUUCAAACAUGGUGCAACCCGAACAAGUAGCACCAGCGCAAUGUGGAGGUCCGUUGGUUGGUACAUCCGGGAAUUUUGCAUCUCCUAAUUAUCCUGGCAACUAUCCUAACAACGCCUACUGUAUUUGGACAAUCACUGUUCCGCAAGGAUUACAAUUCAGGAUAGAUUUCCUCUUCUUCGAAACGGAACCUUGCUAUGACCUGGUUAAAGUUUUCGUGGGCAGACGUUUAAUACGCUUGACUAAAGGAGGAGGAGAGAAAGACAACUUAUAUUUUAAAGAUGAUGAUGGUGAUGACGAUGACGACGACGACGACGAUGAUGAUGAGUGCGAUGAUGACGAUGAUGAUGAUCGUAAAGAUGUGGAUUUUGCAAAAGGGAUGUACUUUGCCGAACAUAUGUACAAAGAAAAACACAAAGAGCCCAGAAUCGUGUCAAUACAUGGAACAGGGGAAGUGGUCAGGGUCGUUUUCAAAUCUGAUCCCUGGGUGACCCGGAGAGGGUUCUUUGCUCAUUACAGCAUGGGACAAGCCCUGUGUGGAGGUCCUCUGGUCGCUCCAUCCGGGAACUUUACAUCUCCUGGCUUUCCAGCAAAUUAUCCAAACAAUGUUGAGUGCAAAUGGACCAUUACUGUCCCGAUGGGAUCCACUCUGAUGCUAAAUUUCCGCACCUUUGAAACUGAACGGUGCUUUGAUUACGUCAAAAUAAUACGGGGCAUUCGCGAGAUACGAAGUCUGAGUGGCAUGUACGGUCAAUAUUCGUGGUUCACAGGAAGACUCGACAAUGACUGGGAUGACGACUGCGAAGAUGAUGAUGAUGAUGACGAUGAUGAUGAUGAUGAUGACGAUAAAUGGAAGAAAAAGUUCCGUUAUGGAUACCGGAUGUCUCGAUUCUACGGGUUUCCAUACCUUCCUCGACUAUACGUCAUCGGAAACGGCGAGGAAAUAUCGAUCAUGUUUAAAUCGGACAGCAUUAUUACGUUGAGAGGAUUUGAAGCCGUUUACCGCGUUUUACAAGGUCAGCUGCACGGCAAAUGAUCGGUUUCUGAAGAUUUAGCAGACAAACAUCAAUGCAAAGGAAAGUGUUUGUGUUUUGGGUUAUCACUUUGCACGGUUUCAGUUGAUCUUUCGCAGUUUAAUAACAAUGCGUGCGACUGAAAAAAAGUUUGUUUCCAUGGCAAGAACAAUGUUUUCCAUGUGCAGGACACAGUUCAUUGAUUUUGUAAUAUUUAGGAAGUACAACCAAAGGCAAGAAAGAAAUCAAAGUCAAACGUGCUAAUUUUGGGGAUAUCGCCAUUACGCCCACUUUUCCGCUAAGCAGUUUUCAGUAUUAAUAAAGAACAAAUGGCCCAACUUCUGGUGAUGAUGUAAAUGAAGUCCAAAACUGAUUUUCCUUGAAUCAGUUGGUAAUUUCAUUAUUAAAGAGAUAAUAAUAAUUUUAACCUUAGUCGACUGCAAACAGUUUUUUCCUUGUUUUGUUCCACGCAAAGCGCCGAAAGCAUUCGCACCUCACCAGGGGUUUGUUGACACUCGCUUCAGAGAGUUCGUCCAAAUGCUGCGAAAACGAGAACAUAGCACCUUGCAUUCUGUUCAGACCUAGACAAUACCACGUUAAUUGAUUAUAUCACUGAGAUUGUUUUUUCGCCAGGUAUAUGAUAACAACUUUCCUUAGCGGAGAAAGGUCUGCCAUUUAAGAGUGCUUCUUAACCCCGAGAAGCACCUCCAUCUCACUAUCUCUGAACCGAGUGUAAAUUGUUCCACUUAGGGCCAAACUUCCUUAUUUGUGAUAGCUUGUUGCCUGGAUGUUACUGUGGGUCCAUGUUAUAUUGUUUCAGUUGUUCAACUCCUCUGCUUUCGAUCCUUUAAUUUAUGAGUGGGCCAAAAGUGCAAAAUUAAUUCUGUUAGAACGACUUGAUUGAUGUUACCUAAGUGAUUCCUCAAGCUAAGGGUAUUAUCAGUUCAAAAGCAUGAUCAAUUAAAGUUGCGUAUUCCACUAUCCCCACAUACAAAUUCUCCCUUUCAAUGAAAAUAGUUCUCGUCUCCUACCCUUGCUAUUAAAAUAAAUCAUGAAAUUCAAUAUUUAAAGGGGUUCUGAAUAAGUCACUUUGAUACCCGGGUGGAUGUAACCCAUAGCCCUUGGACAUUUCAGGCAACUAUUUAAGCGAUGGAAAACACUAACAGUCUAAGACAUCUGCCGGUUUUGGCUUGGAGUUGGCACCGAUCACAGAAACGAGAAUGGAUGCGUCUAAUCGAUACUGAAAAUGAUUCAAAAUGCCUGGUCUACAAUAGAGCGGCAAAGAAGGGACAUAACUUUACGCCCUUUUCCUUGGCUAAAUUUCUUAAUCCUAGUGGAACAGAUCCAAUAUUAUCGCAUGAUAGCAUUUGUCCUGGCUGUUGUUAGCCACGAUCAGUAUAUUCCACCGCUCAAUCUUCGCGCGAGAUUUUAUCGAGAGCAGGCUCAUCCAGGAGGGUAUACUUGAGGGAAAAAUUAAUUUGAAGCUGCGAGGGACCUAGAGGUACGCAUUUCAAUUUUUUUGGAUCUGAUGUGUAGCUUUUUUUUAUAAUUUUGUUCUUGUUGUCAUCACUUUCAUCAUUUAUCAUUUUCUAGCUAGGAAGUUUUAAACGUUCUAAAAGGGUCUUAAUUUUGUAGGCGACGUGCUUAUAUAAGCCCCAAGAUAAUUUUUUACAUCUCAAGUGACUAAAUCGUACGAUAAACGAUAAUAAACUUUUAUUAUUGCAUCUACCACGAUGAGCAACAACACCUCUUCCUCCACAAAUUUUUGUUUUUUAGACUCGUUUCCUCGUCACCUCGUCAGGGCAACACCGCACUUGUCCCUUUAGGUAACGUUACACGAACCGACUUUUAACUCAACAAUGUUGCGCACAGGGCGACUUGACGCAACAUUUCGUUGCGGCAGUAUGUUGCACGUUUUUGAAAGCGAUGCAAAAACUUGCAACAUUAUUGCCCGAAGUUUGUAUGUUACGUUUAAAAUCGUCACGUGUAACAUACCGUUGCCGACAGUUGCCGACCGUUGGGCAUCAAACUUGCGUCAAAAGUUGUCUCGUGUAACAUGGAGUAAUAAUCGAUAUUGAAAUUCGGCGUUAAAAUUCGGCUCGUGUAACAUCACUUUUCUGGAUCAAAGCAACAUUGAAAUUUAACCUAAAGACCGCCCCACCCUAGUCCUGAAAUCUUACCAAACUUUGCCCCAACCACGCGAAGUGCGAGACAGCAAGAAAGUUUGUUCAAAAUAUUCGACAAGAUACUUGUCAACCUGAGUUUCAGAAAAAAAAAAA